AUGUCUUAUACUACGACAGCAACCGAAGAGGUCACAGCUUCAUUCCCGAGCCUCAAGCGUUUAGAAAUAGGACCAGAUGAAUACCCUGACCUGGAUCCGGAAUGGCGAAAACUAUGGAACACUCAUGGAAGUUCCAUGAUUCGAGCUGAUGAGGUCAGCAUUGAAGAAUACCGUCUCAAUCCAGCAAAGUACAGCUUCACAUAUCCAACAUGGAAAGGCCCCGAAGUCUUUCAUGUUGAGGAUAGACAAAUCCCUGUGACAGCGCCAGAAGGCCUGAUCACGAUCAGAGUCUACACUCCAGAAGGCCCCGGGCCGUUUCCUGUUCAUAUCAACUUCCACGGUGGAGGUUGGGUACUGGGCGGUCUUCAAUCGGAAGCGGCGUGGUGUCGACAAAUAUGCAACAAGGCGGCUAUCAAAGUCAUUGACGUUGACUAUCGCAUGGGUCCUGAAUGUAGGUAUCCAACUGCUAUUUACGACUGCUGGGAUGCUGUGAAAUGGACCAUAGACAACGCGACUGAGCUUAACGUCAACCCGAAAAGCGUUUCAUUUGGUGGUCUUUCAGCCGGUGGUCACAUGACUGCUGUUCUGGGCCACCUUGCUCGUGAUGAGGGCAUCGACAUCAAGUUGCAGCUCAUGAUUGUCCCGGCCACAGACAUGCGAUACUGCAACUCCAAGAUAAAACAACUCACAGCAGAGAAUUGUCCUUAUGAGAGUGUUUUGCAGCUCAAGGACGUACCCUGGGGACCUCUUGGGCGAGAACAAUGGUUCUUGAAAUAUUUUGUUGGCGAGGAUGCUGACGAGCUUGAGGAAAAGCUGAACAACGAGUGGAUUCUCACACCUGUCAUCGCUUCAAACUUCAAAAACCUUCCUCGGGCGCACAUCGUUACUGCAGAAUUCGAUCUGGAGCGAGAUGAGGGGGAGUAUUAUGGGAAGUUGUUGAAGGAUGGAGGGAAUGAGGUCACUAUGAAGCGUUAUAGUGGUUGUCCUCAUGCUUUUGCGCAUUAUAAUCAUCCGGAGAGGGGAUUGGCUAAGAGUUUCGAGUUCAUUGAGGAUACGACUGAGUUGCUAAGAUAUGUACAUGAGUUUAGUAUAUAA